CAGGUGUAUAGAGCGUAGUGCUCUGCAAAAGCCAUCCAGUGUACCUGCGUGCACGACGGUGGAAGCAGACCUCAUUAUGGAAGAAUACAAGGCCGCAGCUGUACACAACAUCAUUAAUGAAAAUACGAAGUUUGAAGAUAUAAUAGAAGAACUGGGGAGUGAUGGAAAGUUCCAGUUACAAAUGAAUAUCAUUUUCAAUUUCAUCGCAAUAUUAUUUUCAACAAUGUCUUCAUACGCCAAGAUAAUUGCUCUGACAGUACCCGAACACUGGUGCCACGUUCCAGGAAGAGAAUCUACAAAUUUAACAGUGGAAAUGUGGAAGAAUCUCACAGUUCCAGAAGAAGAUGGAAAGUACAGCAGAUGCCUAAUGAAGACGCCAGGGCAAGACAACGAAACGAUGGCCUGUAUCCACGGCUGGGACUACGACACCACAUGGUUCUCUGUGACUGCCGCUUCCCAAGGGAACUGGGUGUGCGAUAAGGAACUGUACCCAAGCACUGUGUAUUCCGUGAGCCACGUCGUUUCCACCGCCGUUGGAGUUUUUAUGUUUUACAUUGGUGACAGAUUUGGGCGAAAGAAGCAGUUUCUGCUAGGCCUGAGUGCCACGGCGCUGUCCCAGACACUGCUCCCCGCUUCAGUGUCCGUCUUCCCUCUCUACAUUGCUCUGUCAGCAGCCUCUGAAGGCACACACUUGCCCAUGUUAGAAGCAACCAUGGCGACAGGAGUCGAGUUGGCCAGUAUCAAACGCCGUUCUUCCGUCAAUUUUGUGUCCUUCAUGUCUUACUGCCUUGGUAUAAUUGCCAUAUCAUUAUUGGCUUGGUUACUCAAGAACUGGGUGCACUUCACUCUGGUUGCGUCUGUCCCUUGUUUUAUUCCACUACUGCUUCAAAGGUAUCUUCCUGAGUCACCACGAUGGCUGAUAAAUAAAGGGCACACAGAAGAGGCUUUCAAGGUCCUGGAACGUAUAGCGCGCACAAACGGGAAAACUUUGUCUCCUGACAUCAAGAAAAAGAUUAAUUUUCUGUCUCAACAAAGAACUGUAAACAUGGGGAUUGGAACCAUCAUAACCAACAAGAACCUCCUGAAAAAUACGAUUUUACUUGUGCUCAGCAGGUCGACUGCUGCCUUUGUUACCUUCACCCUACUUUUUAGCAACAACUGUUUCGGGGAGAAUCCUUUCGUAGCAUUCAUCGGGCAUGGAUCGCUGCAACUAGCUGCUUCAUACACUGCUCAUGUUGUUGGAAAUAGAUUUGGAAGGCGGAUAACACACUGCCUCGUGCUAUUGGCUGCUGGUUUGUUGUGCAUCAUCCUCAUAUGCUUAACCGCAGCACACUCAACCCAGUGGAUCAUAACUACACUUUCUCUUGUGCUACUCUUCUGCUGUGACUGCUCAUAUUUACUCACAAAUAUACAGAGCUUGGAAUUGCAUCCAACGAGUUUACGACAGAUAGGCAUCGCAAUUGAAUACGUCUUUGUUCAAUGCAGUAUGAGUGUUCCACCUUACGUUGCUCACUUGGGUAAGACUGCUGGAAUGCAUAUCGCUUUCGCCAUACUUGCGGCCGUGACCCUGAUUAUGUCUGUUUUGAUGUCAUUUGUGCCAGAGUCUUUUAAUGAGAAGCUUCCAGAGACAAAAAAAGAUAUUUCACUCUUUGGAACGAAGCAGAAGUACUGGAGUCUUCCAAGCCGGAAGUCAAAUGUAUCAGAGAGAACGCCAAUGUAGGAUAUAUUGACAACCAGAACUGGAGCUCUGGAAAUGAUCUCACAAAACUUUACAGAAAAAUCUUUAAGGAAAUACCUUGACUAAACUAAACUUGUAGUCUGUUUUCUUUAGUGUAUUAACAACGACAGCAGUUUAAACUAGAAAUGAUAAUACAAUUGCGAUUCAAGUGGUAUGAUGGGAAAGUGGUGAGGUGUUCCUGUUACAUGCACAUGUGAGAUGCGAACACAUUGAAAACAGGCGUGUUGAUUGUAUCUGCAGAUAGUUAGUAAAAUGUGGAAAUUACAUUACAUUUUCUAAAGUACCUCCAUAUUGUCUCCGGGACAUUAUUAGUAUAUAGUUACAUUUUCAUACAUAUGCAGCGGUUAAAAUCUUAGUUUGGAGACCUUAACAUCCAAGAAAUUACACCUACGGUUCAUAAUGGUUUAGCAAAAAGGAAUAAAGUUACUGAAGCAAAACCAAGCCAUCCAUAAACAAUGGGGCAGACAAAUACAUUAAUGAGAAAACUGAGGUGUUAUUGGAACUAAUAAUAAAAUCGUUAGUAGUAAUAAUAGCGGAAGGUUCGGUAAAGUGGUAGUCUAUCAGAAAUAGAACUUUCAUCUUACAGUGAUAUUGACAGAAGUUUGUGGUUUAUAUGUUUUGUAUCUGCAUAUUAUAAAUUAUCAUAAAGAAUAUUUACAAGUAAAAUAUAUAAUUGUGUAUACUCAUACAUUUUUAUGAAACCUCUCAGAAUGGCCACUUUUCUCGACGUAAAGUGUUAAGCGGCCGGUGUGGACACACGUACUCCGAAAGUGUACAGCAAGUCUAUUUUUAUUGAAGUAACGCCACCUGCUUGCCGUCUUCGUUUAAGACAAACGCUUUGCAACCCUUGAAUUGAUCGGUAAACGGUUUCAUGCAUAUUAUAAAUGUGAUGAGCAGGAAGGAACUGAUUUUGUUGCACUAUUAUAAAGAUAUCACAAAACGGGUCUACAUUGUCUUUGUUAAAAGGUUGUCCUCCAGCACAGGGGUUCCCAAACUUUUCAUCUAACGGAACACUCUGAGAAUUCUGAUACUCUGAUGGAGCAUGUAAGAGGUCCGAGCAGAUGUAAUUUCGAUGUAUUGCUCAUGCGCUGCCUGCGAUAUGCAAGGUAUAAGAGAAUCGCUGACCAGAGAGCAGUGUUGACUGAGUAGGAACUGUGUAGCUGUAACAGUAAGUUGUUGCUAGUGUGGUCUGGAGUCUGCUCUGGUAUGGUAUGGUGUAUCAUGUUGGCUGGCCGGUUGCGGUGCAGCGAUGCGGGAGCCUGAGUAUUAUUGUAUAAGGUAAAAAGCAGCCUCGCGCAUAUCUUGAAAUG